CUCUCGCCAGUGCACUGACACCUGAACUAGAGCUGAUUGAGACGCCCACAGAGAUGUGGUUUGGAUUUAUUUUUCUGUCUCUUAAUUUGUCUCAUCUUAAACAUGACAGAGUGUCCAAAGGCAGAAAAGUCUUGCCGAAGUGACUGAGAUCCACGUGUCACAGGAUUAUAACGCUGGCUUUAAUUAAAGAGGAGAGAGAAGACCUUACGAUUGAAGAUCCAAUCACAGUGAAACGAGAACAGACAGACCUGAUUGCACUGAAAGAGGAGAGUCAAGAACUGGAUGAAACGGAAGAGAAAGAGCAGGAUGACAAACAUCAUGAUUUUGUAACUGAAAAGCAUAAUCGCUCGCAGACUAAAAAAAAAGUUUCCUUACGAAAAAGAGCUCAGAAGACAGGAUCUAGCGGUCGUUUUACCUGCAAACACUGUGGGAAAAGUUUCAGUCAACAUGAACAUCUUAAAAUCCACAUGAGAGAUCACACUGGAGAGAAGCCCUUCACCUGCCAACAGUGUGGAAAGAGUUUUGCCCAAAAAAGAGCCUUUACGGUCCACAUGAGGAUUCACACUGACAGCGCAUUCACCUGCCAACAGUGUGGAAAAUGUUACAGCAGAAAAGAAAACCUUAGGUACCACAUGAGAGUCCACACGGGAGAGAAGCCUUUCAUCUGCAGACACUGUGGAAAAGGUUUCACUCGAAGAGGAAGCCUUGAAAGCCACACGAGAAUUCAUACUGGGGUGAAGCCUUACACAUGCUCUCAGUGUGGAAGGAGUUUUACACAUAGACCAACUCUUAAUUCCCACCAGAGAACUCACACAGGAGAGAAGCCUUACACGUGUUCUCAGUGUGGAAGGAGUUUCGAUCAACUUGGAAACCUUAAUGUCCACAUGAGAAUUCACACUGGAGAGUACCCCUUUUCCUGCAAGCAGUGUAAAAAAAGUUUCAGUCGAAAAGGAAACCUUGAAGUACACAUGAGGAUUCCCACUGGAGAGAGCCCUUACACCUGCCAACAGUGUGGAAUGAGUUUCACACAAAAAGGAAACCUAAACAUUCACAUCAGACUACACACUGGAGAAAAGCCGUUUGCGUGCCAACAGUGUAAAAAGGGUUUCACAUAUCAAAGAGACCUGAAACGCCAUUUGCAAAUCCAUUCUAGGAAGCAAUCGAAGUGUCGACCAGUGUGGCAAGAGGUUUACAAAAUAGAGCAAUUUUAAAAAUCACUGUGCAGGAAGAAGAAUGUAAUUUUGCUCAGUGUAUUUAUUUCAUUUGCCAUCACACAGAUACACCUGAGAAAAUGUAGAUGUGUGAUCCUAUUUGUGUUUUUUCUGUGGAAAGACUUUUAGGGUGUAUUCACAACAGAAAAGUCCACUAGUUCACUUGCUUUGGUCCGGUUUCUCUUUCACACUGCCCUUUUUGCAAGUGGACCAGGAACUGUAAACAAAACAACACGUGUGCUAAGGUCAUCCAUUCAUUGGUUUAGCCAUUCAACUGUACCAGAGUUUGUUUGGAAGCGGACUGAAACCAGCUCCUCAGCUGGGUCUCGGUACAGUUGUUUGGUGCGAUUGCUGUAUUCACACCUGCCCUAAAUA